CAACAUUGUGAUGAGCCUGAACUUAGACAGGGACAAAUCAGAGCAAAGUCAUGAGGGCAUUUUUAGACACUAGCCUCGUCUUCCUAAUGUUGUAUUUCAGCUUCUCCUCUGCUGUGUCUUCCUCUCUUUAUUCCUCCUCUUGUCAGUUACAGGGACAGUUUCAUUUAAAUGGGAUGCACAAAACAGGAAAUGUGAUACUCGGUGGGAUUUUUAAAGUUCAUUUCUUUUCUGCUGAUCCUGACCUGUCUUUUAUCUCAGAGCCACAUCAACCUGACUGCUAUAGUUUUGAUGUUAUAGGAUUCAGACAUGCUCAGACCAUGGCCUUUGCUAUUGAUGAAAUCAACAGAAACUCCAACCUGCUGCCUAAUGUGACUCUGGGAUACAGUCUGUAUGAUAACUGCAUCCAACUAGGAAUUUCAUUUCGUGCAGCACUGACCUUAGUCAGUGGUCAAGAAGAGCAAGUUACAUUAGAGGAGAACUGUAUAGGAACUCCGCCAGUCCUAGGGAUUGUGGGUGAUUCUUCUUCUACACGUACAAUUGCAAUAUCCACAGUCUUGGGUUUGUACAGAGUGCCUCUGGUAAGUUAUUUUGCCACAUGUUCCUGCCUAAGUGACCGACAAAAGUUUCCAUCUUUCUUUAGGACGAUCCCAAGUGAUGAUUUUCAGGUGAAUGCUAUGAUUCAGAUUCUAAAAGGCUUUGGUUGGACUUGGGCAGGUCUGCUCAUUAGUGAUGAUGAUUAUGGAUUCCAUGCUGCCCGAUCCUUUCACUCUGAUCUGGGUCCAGCUGGUGGAGGUUGUCUGGCUUACACAGAGAUUUUGCCCUGGGGUGAUGACCCUGCUGAACUAAGGAGAAUAGUGGAUGUGAUGAGGAAAUCUACAGCUCGGGUGGUGAUUGUGUUUGCACAUGAGAGUCACAUGAUUAACCUCAUGGAAGAGGUGGUGAGGCAGAAUGUGACAGGUCUGCAGUGGAUGGCCAGUGAAGCCUGGUCAUCAGCAGCUGUGCUCCAGACUCCUCAACUCAUGCCGUACCUGGGUGGAACACUGGGCAUUGCCAUCCGUCGAGGAGAAUUGUGGGGGCUCAGGGACUUCUUGUUACAAAUACGUCCUGAACUACAUCACAACAAAAUAGAUGGAAAUAAUAUGGUGAAUCAGUUUUGGGAACACACAUUUCAGUGUAGAUUUGCACCACCUCCAGCAGGUUGGGUGGAGGCUGGAGGAGAAUUAUGCACUGGACAGGAAGUUAUAGAGAAUGUGGAGAAUGAGUUCCUGGAUGUUUCAGACCUCAGACCAGAGUAUAAUGUGUAUAAGGCUGUGUAUGCUCUGGCGUAUGCGCUUGAUGACAUGCUGCAGUGUGAGCCAGGGAGAGGACCUUUCAGCAACAACACCUGUGCUCAUUUACAAAGACUGGAGCCAUGGCAGCUUAUGUAUUACAUGGAAAAGGUCAACUUCACCACAACAUUUGGUGAUCAGGUGUCAUUUGAUGAAAAUGGUGAUGCCUUACCUGUAUAUGACAUUAUGAACUGGGUGUGGCUCCCUGAUGGAAGAACUAAAGUUCAGAUAGUGGGUGAGGUUAAGAGGUCAGCCUUCAAGGGUGAAGAACUCACACUGGAUGAACACAAAAUCUUCUGGAACUUUGAAUCCAAACAGCCUCCUCGGUCAGUGUGCAGUGAGAGUUGUCCUCCAGGUACCCGCAUGGCCAGAAAGAAGGGGGAACCUGAGUGUUGUUUUGACUGUGUCCCUUGUUCUGAGGGAAAGAUCAGCAAUACAACUGACUCUAUGGAGUGCACCAGCUGUCCAGAAGAUUUCUGGUCCAGCCCCCAGCGUGACCACUGUGUUCCUAAGAAAACAGAGUUCCUCUCCUACCAUGAGCCUCUGGGUAUCUGCUUGACAACCACCUCACUGUUGGGCACAUUUAUCUGUGUUGUUGUUCUAGGCAUCUUCAUCCAUCAUCACAGCACACCUAUAGUUCGUGCCAACAAUUCAGAACUCAGUUUCCAGCUCUUGCUGUCACUUAAAUUGUGUUUCCUCUGCUCGUUGCUCUUCAUUGGACGACCCAGAUUAUGGACUUGCCAACUAAGACAUGCAGCAUUUGGCAUCAGCUUUGUGCUUUGUGUCUCAUGUAUCCUGGUGAAAACCAUGGUUGUUCUGGCUGUGUUCAGGGCCUCCAAACCAGGAGGUGAGUCCAGUCUGAAGUGGUUUGGUGCUGUGCAGCAGAGAGGGACAGUUCUGGUUCUGACUUCUGUUCAAGCAGCGAUCUGCACUGUCUGGCUUGUCUCUGCUUCACCAGUGCCUCAUAAAAACACCCAGUAUCACAGUGACAAGAUAGUUUAUGAGUGUGCAGUUGGGUCCACAGUUGGUUUUGCAGUUUUACUUGGUUAUAUUGGUUUACUGGCUGUCCUCAGUUGUUUGUUAGCUUUUCUAGCAAGGAAUCUUCCAGACAGUUUCAAUGAGGCCAAACUCAUCACUUUCAGCAUGCUGAUCUUCUGCGCAGUGUGGGUGGCCUUUGUCCCUGCGUACAUCAGCUCACCAGGCAACUAUGCAGAUGCAGUGGAGGUAUUUGCCAUUCUGGCCUCCAGCUUUGGCCUCUUGGUGGCACUGUUUGGACCCAAAUGUUAUAUAAUCUUGUUGAGACCAGAGAGAAACACAAAGAAAGCCAUCAUGGGUCGUGGCAUUGGAUCAUAGAAACUGAAAGAGCCCUAAUAAAUACAUUUCCUCUAUAUAGAAUGAGUUAAUAUAUACAUAUAUCAAACUUGAUUUAGUGUUUCAUAUUUUCCAACAUGCAAUUAGAGUGCAGAACAUUUACUCAUUUACUCCCGUAUUUUACAAAUGUGUUAAUGUCUUUGUUACUUUUUAAUAAUGCAAGACAAUGCCACUCCUAAUGAAACUGUAAGUUACUUUCCCUCUAUAUAAUUAUAUUUCACUCCAGUUUAUCAGAGCCAGGCUCAUGCUAUUGCUCAAGUGUAAGUGUAGGUCACACUUUAACAUGUAGAAGUUGUUUUAUUUUUAAAACUGCUCAUAUGUGUCCUGCAUUUUCUGGAUGUGAUUCUAUGUAAUGAUUGAUUGAGAAACAAUUAAAGUAUAUAGUUAAUAUAGGAAUGGAUGACUGAGGCUACUCAAAAUAAUCUUAUUUGGAGAAAAGUAGUCCUCUUCAGGUGGUUGAACAAAGCCAGUCCAGGAUUUAACCAGUUCAAUGUCCACAUCUUCACGAUACAAAUGUUCUAUAGGUGUGGUUUACAAUCAGAAAAUAAACAACCGUGAAAACUUAAAUAAUUAUACAGGCUGAGCGACAAUACAAUGAGCUCUGAGCAUAUCAUCUGUUAUUUGAUUUAAUAAAUUGUUACUUUUAUGUGGAUAAAAAGGAACGUGCUGUGUCUUUUUCACAUGACUACUGUGACAGUGAGAGAGUCAGUGCACAAAUGAAUACCUUCAAUAUUGUACUAUUAUAGUCAAUUACAGUGAUUGUUUAGACUGACUUUAAAGGCAUAGAUUGAUUGUCUUUUCCCUGUUUGCAGGGUAGUGCCCCGAUCAGACCAUCAUACCAACUUUGUCACAAGUGUACAAAACGUCAGAUAGCUUGUGGUAAAAUUUAACUUGAACUAUUGGAGUUUUGCCUCCUGAAUUGUUUGAAUUGAACUGAUUGGCUAACCUUGCCUAAC